AUGCAAACACGGCAAGCGACAAGCUUCCGUCCAGACUGCAGCCGAAGCAGCUCGAUUCGUCUUGUCUUAGCCUCUCCAACAGCAGAAGAAGCAGCGACAGCUUCUAGUAAAAAGCGAACGCGACGUCAAUGCUCCCGAACCGAUUGCUCUAAAGUUGACGCUGGUGGAGGCUUUUGUGUGGCUCAUGGAGGCGGCAAAAAGUGCUCCUUUCCGGGCUGUACAAAAGGAUACCAGACCGGUGGAUUUUGUCGACAACACGGUGGUGGAGCACGGUGUCAGGUGAGUGGAUGCAAUAAAGUGGAUGCUGGUAAGGGCUUGUGUCGGGCACAUGGCGGUGGUAAGCGCUGUCAGAUCGCUAAUUGUUCGAAAGCCGAUGUUGGAGGCGGAUUCUGUACAGCUCAUGGUGGAGGUAGACGAUGUUCGGAGCAAGGAUGUUUUAAAAUUGACCAAGGAGGAGGCAAAUGCAGGGCACAUGGCGGUGCGAGACGAUGUCGACGACGCAAUUGUCAGCAACCAGCUCGAGGGGCUUCGGGAUUAUGCACAGAACAUGGUGGAGCACGUGUGUGCUCAGUGCUAAGCUGUAGACGACUUGUUCGUUCACCAAACGAUACUGGAACGAUGUGUGCAAUGUGUAUAAGAAGCCAAAAGCAGAAAGAAGCAAGCGUUCGAAUACAGCAAGACAAUAGAAAUUGCUUGAGUAAAAGUCCGACUUUAGAAGGCUCAGGUCCAUCACUGAUGGCGUCAAUAUCACCAGUGUCACCAAGUUCAGCAAAUUUGCGAUGUGACGGUACUCAGAUUGCAAAUUGCUUGGAUAAUGGCUGCUCGCGCAGUUAUGGUGGAGAGUGUAAUUGUGUUGCAGGAUGCACAUGCAAUAGUUCAACGCUACGUGCUGCCACACGAUUGAUACCUAUGCUCACAACUCGAAAUGUUGUCACACACGUUGCUACAUCAACAAGCUCGAUAGUUACUUCCAGUUUAUGCGAGUCAAAAGGUCUCCAAGGAAGUAUUGACUUUUCGGCGCCAAGAUCUACAAUGAUACUGCGAUCUAUACUUCGGAUCACGCCACAUUCAACCUCAAUUGGUAUUAAGGCCAUUUUGGCAUUGCUGUCAUCGAUAACGGGUGUUAUGAGUGUACAUUUACUCCUGGAACACGGAUCACGACAGUUCGCUCCCAGCAGUGGAAUAGAUAGCGGUGACGUGACUGCUGACUCAAGGCCCCACACUAUUGAUUCGCCGCGACUUGUUGCAGUACGCGGUUGUCAAAAAAUGAAUUUAGAGACAUCCUUGGUCCUUUUUGAUGAGCUAGGUUUUGCUGAAUUCACUAUUAUUGAACAAUCAGCAAGUGCGUGGACGCGAAAAGAGGUGGUUUUACGUGUACCUGACAUGAUGUGUCCUACAAAUUGUGGUACAUCUGUGCUCAAUGCAGCUCGCGCACUUGAAGGGGUGGAGGCAGCAAAAUUGCACUUUCAGCACCGUCGGAUUAUUGUACGCGGGGAUAUGGACACUAACGCCAUUCAAAGUGCUCUUACGGACAUUGGGUUUGACUCGGAGGUUGAUGCUGAGACCUUGCUACCUCGACGAUUUCGGUUCCGUGUCGAUGAUUUGAGUGACGUCGGUUUGAACGGGGUCAAGUUAAAGGAUGCGUUUAUGGCUGUGGAGGGUGUGGAAAAUGUCGUGCUGUUGACGGACCGUGUUGAAGUACUGGUUGUGGCAAUGCUUUUAGAUUCAAAUCCACUCUUGCAAGCUGCCAAAAAUGUCGGGUUCAAUAUGCUAGAGCUCUCAGAAGAAGCAUGGGGAAUACCGAUAGAGGUGGCGCCAGAUCCUCUCGGAUCAUAUCACAGUGGCAAAAUCACUUCUUCCAGUGAAAUUGAAAAAAGUGAUUACUCCCAUAAAUGUGAUAUGCGCAUAUGUCCUCAAAAUGGCUGUCAAAGGUACAUGACGACGGUAGCUCACACCGCAGCACUUGCUGUUGGUUGGGCUGUGCCUGGAUGUGGUAUGGCCAUUGGAGGAGAGUGCACAUGUGGUGAUAGCUGCAAGUGCGUGGGUUGUCCGGAGCAUAAUCCUGUUUCUUGA